AUACCCACACAGCUGCAAACCAAAUGCAAUGCAACACACACAUCAAACGUUCACACGUUUUCUUGGCGUUGUUUGUCGUCCGGUGUUAAAUUUUUAACAGUUUUAUCUUUAUUUCAUAAAAUGUAACGUUGUGCUUGUGUCCGAUGCCUAUCUAUCCACUUUCAUCCAAUAUUGCCAAAAACAAUAAAAGAAACAUGUAGGCGCGAACAAUAGGAGAAUAAAAUGUUUGCAAUAGCCACAUUAUGUACAUCCAUAUGACAUAGAACUAGAUAUAUGCAAUAAAUGGAUCACACUUAGAAACACAAUAAUGGCUUCACCCACCCAUUUGGAUUCAGCUAGCAAGACAGACCAGAGCAAAAAGCUGACAACAAUUGAGAUAGUUGGCGGCAUCCAUUGUCACAUAUGUCAGUCAAAGUUCCAGAACAAAAAGGAUUAUGAUGCUCACUAUGUCAAACAUGAGGGAAAUAAAGCAGCCAUAGUGUAUACAUGCGUAGUGUGCAACCAGAGCAUCUCCGGCUACCCCAGCUUCCGAGGCCAUUGUUACACCAAGCAUGUUAUUAAAAGUAAAUUCAAGUGCGAUCACUGUAAUAGGGAGUUUUCAAAAUUUAUAGCUCUAAAAGAACAUAUCAACACUCAACAUAAUUUCAAUUGCCGUUCGUGCAACAAAAAUUUUAAUUCAAAAAAAGAAUGGCAGAUCCAUCAGAUUGUUCACAAUACCGACAAUCCGCCAUACAAUUGUCAGUCAUGCAACAAGCAAAUCAACAGCGUGGACAGCUGCGAGGACCAUAUCAGCCUGCAUUCCUCCUUCAUAUACAUGUGCCCCAUCUGCGGUAAAAACGAAACCAAAAAACAUGAAGCAGUCAUACAUCUUAGGCAGCACUUUAAAGUUGAAGACAUUGAUGAAACCAGCUUGAACGUCGAAGAAAUACCUCCCGAUGAUAUCAUAGAAAAUCUCGGUGGCAUAUCAUGCUGCAUUUGCUUCACCGUGCAUAAAAACCGUUUGGCUUUUGAUGCUCACUUCUCUCUGAAACAUGGCGAACUGGACAUUGUGUACACUUGUAACAAAUGCGAGAAGCAAUGUGAAAAGUACUCCAUAUUUGCUAACCACUGCUACUACCAUUAUAUGAAGAACAGAUUCAAAUGUGACCAUUGCUUGAAGACCUUCGCCCGUCCUUCGCUGCUGGCAGCUCACACGGAGGCGUACCACGGCGCGCGCGCACACGAGCCCACAGAGAAGCCUUUCGCUUGCGCACGUUGCGACCGCCGCUUCGCCACGCAACGCGCCAUGCGCACGCAUCUGCGCGACCACCACGGCAUUUCAUGUGUGCCCUGCCCACAUGGCUGCGACGAUAUUUUCCAAACACCAAAAGAGCUAACCUUGCACCUGCGCAGUCAUGACGAGUCACAGAUGCGGUGCCGUGUAUGCGGUCUACUCUUCACAACGCUGUCUUCCUGUGAGAAGCAUCUAGAGGCGCACAGAAAAACUGUACACAAGUGUCCCAUAUGCAACAAGAACUAUGGAGAGAAGCACAUGGUGAGAAAACACAUCUCGAAGCACUUUGAAUCUGUUAUCCACAUCUGCAAGGUGUGCGGCAAGAUAUACAACGCCAGGAACCGACUGGUGGAGCACAGCAAGACCCAUGCGGAGGUGAAGGAGCACACCUGCAGCCGCUGCGGCAAGGGUUUCCCCGGACGACAGCACCUACAGCAGCACAUGAACACGCACGCCGGCCUCAAGCCUUACAAAUGCGAUGCUUGCCCCAAAACAUUCGCCAGCUAUCCCAAUUGGAUGAAACAUAUGCGAAGAAUACACAACAUUAAAGGUAAAAUGAAGAAAGUUAGCGAAGCCCCGCUUGAAUCUAAUAGUGAAAAUUCUACAGACAUCAGUGGAUCACAGGCUAGCCCCGGUAAUACUAUAACCUCAGAGACAUCGGACACAAACUUAGAUACAGAGGCUGACACAAACAAAUCGGUUCAAUCUGAUGACAGCACCAUGGAGUCGGACGGCAUUGAACCCGUGGCUAUAGAAAACGACAUGCAAAUAUUUGAAUCCGCCGACAUGUGCACCGAUGUGUUGGCCGAGAGCACCAGUCUGUUCACGCCAGAAUCCAUAGACGAGUGUUUGGUGACGGAGAGCUCGUCGACGGGCGACUACCCGCGUGAGUACGGGCCAGAGUUCAACAGCGGCCUGGAGGGAGACGGCUUCGGCUUCAUCGACCUCGAGGAGCGCGACCUGCCGCACAUCGACCCGCGCCUCACCGUCCGCCUCGCGCAUCAACCGCACCAGCCGCAUCAACCGCACCAGCCGCACCAACCGCAUCACGCCGCGUACGUACCCGCCUACGAACCUGCGUACACAACCGCCGCGUACGCGCCCGAGUACGCACCCGUGUACGUGGCCGAGUACGCGACAGAGUACGCGGCCGCACACGACACUGAGGUGCACACCGCGCCCAGCUACGAGCCCGCUAAGUGGGAACCCCUCAUUACCAAAGUAUACAAUGAGUACGCGUACGGAGACAACUUGAUGUCCCUCAUCAACACAGAUAUAUUUUGAAACGGUUUACAUAGUUAUAGUUAUAUAUUAUAUGUACACGGGGCGAUUACCCGCACCUACCUCACAGGAACGAUUAUGUACCUCACUAACCCAUAGGAAGUAUUUUAAUGUUGAUAUAAUAUACAUUUAUAACAUAUAUCCCACCAAACAUUAGACAUGUAACUUGUAAUCAUAUUCAUAAUAUUGCUACCUCAUUUAGUUAAGAUAUUUCCUUUACUUCUAUUGCUCGUUGGAGCGGCCCGAGGCACGUCGCGGCUCGCUCCUAGUAUGUCUUGUAUGAAUUUUCUUGGCAUGUGUAUGAAUCGUGGGGUUAAUGGUUUUUUUAUGUUUGGACUGGUCGUACUUUGGAGUAUCGACGCUGGAAAUGGUUGAUCUUUGUAUUGGCGUCGAAUCCAGUGUCGACUAGGCUUUACAGAGCACUAUUUUUGGCUUCUUUGAAAUCGAGAUGUCAUGAUGUCUGCUGAUUCAGGUCAAAGAAUUAGAAAAAAAUGAAAGCAUGUCAAACGACUAAUUGCUACACUCAAGUCAUUAAUUGGUCGCUAAGGAAGUCUUUAGUGUACAUAGAAAUGAGUGUGGCAGUUGGUGAGGCGUUUGGAAUCUGCGAUUGACUCUCGUUUCAAACGUUCCGAUUCAUUUUAUUACCUCUAAUUAUUUUCAAAUGUAUUUCUUUAGUUUAAGACUUUGUUCAGUGAACACUGGCUUUGUAAAUACUUGAAUAUUUUGCGGCACAUUGUAAUUUGCAUUUAAAGUUUUGCUUUGUUUCGGAGACGCCUAAUGCGAUGGGUUUAAGUAACCGUACUUACGGAAGGUGACGUCAUAGAUUCAACAAAUUACAAACAUUCAGGCUUUGUCAAACACCUGUGGUUUAUCUUUAAUAUGAGACUAAACUAGUCCAACUUUCAAACGAUUAUCGUAUAAUACAAUACAGAUAUCUUUGUCUAUCAACAAAUUAAUAAGAAAACUAGUUCCUUACCUGCGAAUUGUUCAUAUCAGAAUUUAAAAAAUAUCCCAUGUUACUCUCGCAAACGUCAGCUACUUCCCAAAGUUCCAUCAACAACGCGGAUUGCGGACAGAAACUUUGACAUACAUUUUUUUUAUUGUACAUACAGAUACUCCAAUUUUAUUAUUUGUGUAGAUGUUCUAUUCUUCAAUUUCCAUAUUUAUUUUUAAGAGAUAGGACUGUUCGUUUUAUACAUAUCACCGGCAAAUUUGUAACUUUUUUUUCAUCAAAUAGCUUAUAAAAGGACCCUUAAUCCUUUCCUUUUUAGAACAUUAACACUUUGAUACAUUGAUAAGUUUGAGAUAACCACAGGUGUAGUAUCAAAAUUAUAAAAUAAAACACAGUGUAAAACACGACACGACACAAAGAAAACAGUUAGAUUUACGAGCGACUCGACUCAGUAAUAUGAGAUUCAACGAGAUUCGACCGCGGCCUCGAGCUGCAGCUCCCUUCUGGCGCUCUCGUGCAUUUCUAUUUCGAUUCCUUUAUAUUAUUAUAAUUUAAUCUGUGGCGGCGGUCGCAAAGCGGCGCGCUUUUAGUGUAAGUGAAUCGAUAGUGCUGUGAUAUUUUUAUGUAUAUUUAGUAAUGUUAAGUGUAGGGAGUGUAACUUAACGAGUGAGUACAAAGAUAUCGUUAUUUAUGAAUGGAGCACCAGUCGGCCGUGCGACUCCGCCGCGUGCGCACGUGUUGCAUGCGCGUGCUCGGCGGGGGCGUCACGGUAUACCUACACGCAGACAUAUAUUUGCUAGUGCGUGGCAAUUUUUUUAGUUAAGUUUUUGAUUCUUAAGUCCAUAAUAUAUGUUUGACAUUUUUUAUUGAAUGAAGCUGGAUAUGACGGGACUAUAAACGAAACGUUCUGUUCACUUCCACCUUUGCAUACUUCGGAUGUCAUCGUUAAAGAGUUAUGUCAUAAACUAAAAAUAGUUGCCACGCACGCACCCAUUUGACAAAACGAAACGCCGGUCGCGAAUUCGCGGCGGCGUCCGCAUGCGUUCGAAAAUUCAUAUCGAACCCCGAACCGAUUUGACGAGUUUUAAAACAUCGCAGUUGCAGACCAUUCUAUCUGAACUGUUGCUAUAAUAUAAAGAUUAUUCGAAAAAAUAAAAAUAAUUUUUGAAAAAGGUAAAAAAGGUUCGAAAUAUAUUUUCGAGAGAUUAAAUUAUUUACAAAGUUUUAAGCGGGGUCUUAGUGAUAAACGUAUCCAAAGACUGUUAAGUAUUAUAAGUUCGAUGAACUUAAUUCGGCAAGUCGAAAGUCGCAGACAAAAAAACGGAAACAAGUCAGUUGAUCGGUAACAGAAUAUAAAUACAAAAUGAAGUAGCUAUCGACAUAACAUUCAAUUGGGCUUUGACGUGACGCCGGUAUGGCGCACGUCGCACUCGGAAACAUUGAAACAGGCGGAAAGAUACGUGUUGGACUGGUAGGAGGCAUGCGCAGACGCCAUGCUUUUCCAAGUCGCACGAAUAUUAUGCACCUCGUCGCCCGAAGUUAGACGAAUCGAGUCUUCUUCGAUCAAGCGACGAGAAUCAGCUUUGACCACGACGUGGUCAACUAAAAAUUACGCGCCAUAUCGACCCAAAGACAAAUAUGUAGUUUUCUAAACGCUAGUCUAUGGUGAGUAUGGCGCGCUGUCACUGUCAGUUGCUAGCUUAGCUACAAAAUACACUGUUCGACGGAGCUCAUGUAAAGAUAUGCGAUAUGCAUCAUUUAAAAUACAUUAAUAACAUCAGAUUACUUGGCUGCAAAAAUAAAUUUAUUCAAUCUAUGUGAUUUUCGUAAAUCUAAAUUAUCUGUCAUGCUAUGAUUGUCUGGUGAGGUAGAUGCAAAAAGUAAUUUGGUGUUAUUGGAGUGGAUGAAGCGCGUUUGAUUUGAUCAAUAGCGGGCCAGUGUCGCAGUGUAUUUUGCUCCAUGACGACAGUUUAGUAUAAAUUUGGUGGAUUUCAUAAGUCUUCGCCCCCAGCGGGCUAUCAUUGUUCUGUGUAAUAGUACUUAUUCAAAACUUCUAUAAUCAUAAUAAACCAUUUCGAUGUAAUUUCAGUCGCAAAGGGAACAAUCCAACGAUAUUUUCAGGUUAACGAUAGCUCUUCAGAAUAAGAAGUUUUUUUUUUAAGUUAUAUUUAUUAUUUUUUCACUUUGACGCAGAAGUGAAGUAUUGUGUAUAUUGUAUUGUUUUGUUAGCGUGAGAGGCGUCACUGCAGGACACUAUAUUUUGGACGAUGCAGUAAGCGUUGCUCUGGAACUUCGCGCUGUGCCAUAGAGUAGUAGGUGACGCCCCGAGCGCAGUACCGCUGUGCGCAAGUGAUUGUUGACACUCUUCUGUGAGCAGCUGGUUGCAAUGGGACCCGAGCGCUAUGAGCGUCGCGGGUCGUUAAAUAUCCACUUUUUUAUACAUUUAUUGAUAAUUUUAUAUUCCCUGUAAUAAUUUUGUACUUCGACGUAUCUUUGUUUUUAUUUAUGUACACACAUUGAUGUGGAAAAUUCGUAUAUUUGUAACUUUUGCGACCUGUUUGUCCCUAGCUUUUAGGUGUUAGGUUAUAGUCGAGCACAGGGUAUUGUGGUUCUAUUUUACGGAAGUGUUUUACGAUAACUCGAUAUGUAAGAGAUCAGCCUCAGUGGAUGGUUCAACAAUACUACCCCAAUACCCGACACGUGUACAAAUUAGUUCCCAUCUAAAUCUGUCUUAAAUUGUAAGCUUCAGGCCGGGUUCCUUCGUUUAGUCGCUGUUUUGUGUCUCGUAUUAAGUAUGACGCACUCGCUCUACAUGCCACGUGACUUUUGCCCGCGCACUGCACAUAUUGAAAAAAAAAA